AUUGUUGUAUGCCGAUUUGAUACGGAUGAUAUGGAUAAAAUAUAAGUUGAAUAAAAUGAAGUAGAAGUAAUGAAUGAUAAGCCCUAGCAAUAUGAAAAUGCCUUGAUAAUCUAGUCUUCCAAUAUGGCAAAAACUGAUCAUCACAAUGAUAGGAAAAACUUAAACAAUACCCAAAUAGUUAUAACAAGUCUGACUGCUGGUGCUAUAGCAGGUGCUUUAGCCAAAACAACGAUUGCUCCACUUGAUAGAACAAAAAUCAAUUUCCAAAUAGGGAAUAAGUCAUACUCAACUAAAAAAGCCUUCAAGUUUUUAGUGAAAACUCUCAGAACAGAAGGAUUUUUUGCAUUAUGGAGGGGAAACAGUGCCACAAUGGCAAGAAUUGUGCCUCAUGCAGCCAUUCAGUUUACUGCUUACGAGCAAUGGAAAAAAAUAUUGAGGGUAGACCAAGCUCAAGGACGAUCUCCUGGAAAAUUAUUCUUGGCAGGUUCUCUUGCUGGAGUGACCUCUCAAACGAUUACCUACCCCCUUGAUCUUGCCAGGGCUAGGAUGGCUGUUACCCCAAAACAAGAAUAUGCAACCUUACGAGACGACCUAAACAUGUCUCUGUGGGCCAAAGUGCAGCAACUCCCUCCAGGGAGUCUACAACAGAUCUAUGGAGAUCAUUUUCCCAUUGAAGUCAGGCAUUAUCUUGCUCAAUACAUUGAAGAAAAGUUUUGGGAUCUUGAACCCCAACCAGAUAACCCACAACAUGAACAAUAUAUUGCAGGUUUAGUCAAUUCUUUGAUUCAGGAAAUAGAAAACAAAGCUGCAGUUGUUACUGAUGCUGAGUAUUUUUUAACAAAACUCAAGCUUGCUGAGGCUGCUAAAAUGUUUAGACAAAGAUACAGUGCAAGUCCUGUGCAACUUUUCAAUCACAUUAGGAAUUGUCUAGCUGCAGAACUGAGGUUAGUUCAAGCUGCUGGCGGCGAGAAUAUAACUGGUUUGCCCAGUUUGGUACUUUCCAAUUCAGGAGCAGAGGUCUUGCAAAAAGUCAGCAUUUUGAGAAGCAGAACACAGAAUACUGCUGAGGAUUUGAGAAAAAUGGAACAAGAAUUAGAGUCAUUUGCUCUUCUGUAUCAUGAAUGUACAAAAGUGACUGCGCAUCUGCAGCAGCUGUCGACGCAACCGAACGCGCAAACGCCGGCCAACAUCCAGCAGCUGCAGCGACAGAAGGAGAAGCAGGAGCAGUUGCUCAACCAGAAGGUGGCCGGGCUGAUGCAGCUGCGCAUGGCCCUCGGCGAGAAGCUGCAGGAGACGUACCAGCUGCUGUCGCAGCUGCAGACGCACGUCCUGGACGAGGAGUUGACGAGGUGGAAGAGGGAGCAACAGUUGGCCGGCAACGGGGCCACUUUCAAUAGCAAUUUGGACACCAUACAGGAGUGGUGUGAGAGUUUGGCAGAACUCAUUUGGCUGAACCGCCAACAAAUCAAGGAAGUCGAAAGGCUGAAACAGAGAGUACCCCUGGAUCCACCGGGAGUGAUCGACAUAUUACCACAGCUUCUUCAAGAAUUCACACAACUCUUAUCUACGUUGGUAACGUCGACAUUCAUCAUCGAAAAACAACCCCCGCAAGUUUUAAAAACUAACACAAGAUUCACAGCUACUGUACGAUUAUUGGUUGGUGGGAAACUUAACGUGCACAUGACUCCACCUCAAGUCAGGGUGACAAUUAUAUCAGAAUCGCAGGCGAUAAUGCAACUGAAGAAUGACAAGCCCUGCAAAAGUGGCGAGAGCUCUGGGGAGAUCCUGAACAACACCGGAACCAUGGAAUACCAACAGAACACCCGCCAGCUGUCGGUCAGCUUCCGCAACAUGCAGCUGAAGAAGAUCAAGCGCGCCGAGAAGAAGGGCACCGAGAGCGUCAUGGACGAGAAGUUCUCGCUGCUGUUCCAGUCGCAGUUCAGCGUCGGCGGCGGCGAAUUGAUGUUCCAGGUGUGGACGCUCAGUCUGCCGGUGGUGGUGAUCGUCCAUGGCAACCAGGAUCCGCACGCCGUGGCGACGGUCACGUGGGACAACGCGUUCAGCGAGUCGGGUCGUGUGCCGUUCGCCGUGCCCGAUAGGGUGCCCUGGAACAAAGUGGCCGAGAUGCUGUCGCUGAAAUUCAGGGCGGCCACCGGCCGAUGCCUCACCGAGGACAACCUGCGCUUUUUGGCCGAGAAGGCGUUCCGCGGCAAUUACAACGAAACGAGCAACGCGACGCUCAGCUGGGCGCAGUUCUGCAAGGAACCGCUCAGCGAGCGGAACUUCACCUUUUGGGAGUGGUUCUACGCUAUCAUGAAGUUGACGAGGGAGCAUUUGCGGGGGCCGUGGGUCGAUGGUGCCAUAAUGGGGUUCGUGAGAAAGAAACAAGCCGAAGAAAUGCUGUCUAGCUGCAAUUGCGGUACAUUCCUGUUGCGUUUUUCAGAUAGCGAAUUGGGCGGCAUAACGAUUGCUUGGGUGUCAGAUUCUUGUGAGGUGUUCAGUUUGCAGCCAUUCACUCACAAAGAUUUCAUGAUUCGCUCGCUAGCGGAUAGAGUUGCUGAUUUGAAUCAUCUCGUCUGCUUGUACCCCGACAUUUCCAAGGAUAUUCCCUUUGGAAAAUAUUACACCCCUUUCCAAGACAAUCAACCGACGUCUAAUAACGGUUACGUGAGGCCGCAACUGGUGACGCACGUGCCCGGUUUCACGGGAAUGAGCUACCCCAACACCCCCCAACACCAGUUCAUGCAAUCCCCUGACCCGACCAGAGAUACCCCAUCGGUGGCGAGCAGGUGAGUCGACUUUCGGUGUAGGUUUUAUAGAUUAGGCCAAUAAACAUGGGUUUGUUUUGAGUAAUUGAUAAUUAAAUCUUGCUGUUUCAUAAGUUUCAUCAAUAUAUUUCCUGAAUUUUUGUGCUAUUACCCAGCAUUCUUUGUCCCAGUGAUAGUAGAAUUAGAAUGAAAAAGUAAAGAGUUAUAACUCACCGCCCAGUAAAGACCACUCUCUUUGUUCCAUAGUUAUAUCAAGCCAUUUGUUAUGAGGCUGAUUACUAGUAAGUGUGUUGAUGAUAUUCGAUGAGUAUGCUUUUAUAUGAAUGAGAGCAGGAUCUCAAGUUCUGUAUUGAAUUUUCAAAAAAAAAAUUCUCAAAAUAUCCACCUACUUCGUGGAUUUGAAUUGAGCAGAUCAUUUUUGUAGAAUAUUGUCACAUACUAUCUAGUUUAUAAUAAUAUACACGUUGGUUGAUGCAGAUUUUGUAGCAGCACUUUUACAAAAUGAUUUUUCAGAAGUCAAGUUCCUAUAAAUAGACUUUCAGAGUUGAGUAGAACUGUUAGCGUUAUCUGAUCAUCAGUUGCUGAGCAGAUGAAACGACUACUAAUAUGAACUUUUCUCCUGAUGAUGGCUUAUAUCAACUGUUGGAGUACUGCUAUGAAAUACUGACCUUGUAUAUUUAAAGAAACUAUCACUACUCCUGUAGAAUAUCAAUCAGAGUUAGAUUAGCUUGGACCGAAAACAAUAAAAAUUAAAAAUACGAAGUAUACUUUGUUGAUAAUGGAGCAAAUUAGUGGAGUAGAAAUAUAACUUAAGUGUUCUGUUUUUCUUCUUUGUACCAUAGAUUUUCCUUGGUGAGGAAUUUCAUAUAUUUUGUGUUAUGUCUAUAGAAAUACCUGUAUAGAAAGAUUUUAAGUACAAAUUGAUUUUUUUUAUUAACUUAUCAGAAGAGUGCAAUAUACUCAUAAUUUGUGAAUAUCGAUUUAUUGAUAUAUUAAUUAUUGGUGCUUCUGAGUUUUUAUCAUUGAUAUUUUAGAUUGUAUUUUCAUCCAUAGGUUAGGAUGAUUUUACCAUUAUUUGACCUAUCCCCUUCCUGUUCUUUCUCAUUACUUUUUCUUAUCGAAACUAUUUGCUUUACAAAUGAUUUUGUAAUGGUUUAUGUUUACCUCUCGUUUUUUCAUAGGUGAUAUUUUUAGAAGAAUAUUGAGCUCGUUGCCCUAUUUAUUCAAAAUAUAGGCAAUCCUUAUGUUUUGAUAGUCUUAUAGAUAUUUAUGUAUAUGGUGAAACCAUCACAGCUGCUGAACUGACGAACGAUCAUUAUAGAAACAAAAAAAAACAUCUUGAGAAUGAUUGCGUAAAUAGUAUGUACAUAUCAAAUAUUUGCAAUUACUAUUUGUUUUACAAAUUUAUAAUUGAAGGUCAAUCGCCGAAAUUAAAACUACUGAUAAAAUCGCAUUUACCAUUUUAUCGUGCAAAAUAACUUGGGACAAAGGUUAGAUGUCGAAUUUUGGCCAUUUUACUUAUUUAACCGCUGCAAAGUUCAGAAUAUACAUGGUGUUCCUAAAUGUCAUGUGUACUUUCUUCGUUUUCGAGGUGUUUAGGUUGGGCAUAUCGAUUGACUUUCUAAUGAUCACUGUAUGAACUUUGAAAGUCCAUGACCGGUAAAUUCUGGAAAUUUCAAAAUUCUAGGUAUUACUUUCUUUAAUAUUGACAUGGGAUUUAGGAUCACCCUAUAUGAAAUGUGAUGGUUUCAUUCAUAUGAAAAUCGCCUAAAUUAUCAUGUGCCUCCCUGUUGAAUGUUGAUCAAUUUGUAGAUGUGAUAUUUUAUGCACUUUGGGCAAAUUAGAUAUUUUCAUACAUUAGGUGUCACUUUGAGCAGUACCAGCCAAGGUUUUAUCACAAAUCUACUUGAAUGUGUUUUCAAAGGUUCAAUGUUAUGUUAUGACACCGUGCUAUUUAUUUGUUCAUAACUUUUUAUUUUGUUGAAUGGUCUAUUGUGCUCUUCAAAGUGACCCAAUGUAUAUUGUUGAAAAAUAAAAAUAUUAGAAUUUUACAUUAAAUAUAAACCUAACAUGCAAAUUCGAUAUCACUUGAAACACAAAAUGUUUUCCAAUUCACCCAGAUUUCUGGCACUCUUUUCACACUUUCCAUCAUUUGAGAUGAAGAGCGCACAGAUUUCUCAAUGUCUAAAGGAAAAAACCAAAUGAAAUUAUAGCACUCUGAAAGUUGUUGAGAUAUUUAUUGAUAUAGUUGUAUGACAUAAAUUCAUUGUGUUACCAAGUUUUUGUUUAUAUUUUGCAUUUAUGGUAGUGGAUUUUUUUUUUGUUUUGGAAUAUUUUACUUACUACAAAAUGAAAAUGGAUAGUUGGCUGUUUGCUAUACAGUUGCUAUGAAUUUACAAUAGUAUUUUCAUGUUGUUGAAAUAAUAUUUUGUGAAUAUUGAUAGCAAAGUAGGUAUCAUUGCUCUCGAAAAUAAGUUCUCUCUCAAUCGGCAAUGACCGUGAUAUUUGCAUUCUUCAUCUACAAAUAAUAAAUGAUAUAGAAAUAUUCC